CUAGUGAUUAAACAUGACAUGAUUUAGUAAUCUCAAUGACCAAAUGUGACAUUUACCCGUCACUAAAUUAAGCAACUACCCGUAUUGCUACCUCGUGGCCGUAGGCACAUUCUGGGAGAGGUUUCCUCGUCCCAUACAAGACAGAUCACCUCCCAAAUGUCUAUUUUACCCCAUACAUGCUGGGGCCGCAGCCCGGAUGUACAGAUUCAAUCAUCAACCAAAAGAAGGGUCAUGUGGCAUAGCUCUAUAGAAACGCUCUUUCUGUAAUGCUAGU